GUUCAGGUGCUUGAUCUCAUUAAGCAGACAUAAUGGCUCAGUUGUGCGGUGCUUCCAGUUUCUCACUCGGCGUCUUUGGCCUCGUUUGGCGGCAGAGAGGAGCUGAGCGGACCGGGAUUAUUUAAUGGCUUCUGCCCUGGUAGCUUGGGUUUGGAUCUGUUUAACACUAGCCCGGCUCAUCUACGCAGGAGGCCACCGGUACGCUCACGGACAUUUGACCGGCCAGGACGAGCUCGAUGACGGCUCCAAGCAGCAGCCAGAGGCCGCUCUGGAAGACUCGAUGGACCGAAGUUACUCAGCGCCUGUUUGGAAGUUCCUCCAAGGAGAUGGAGGAAGUCCAUCAGAUUUUAAGAAGCCACUUUACCACUGCAGCAAUGCAGCACUCUUUCUGCACUUCUCUCUCUUCCGAUACACAAACCUAUUUCUAGAAGAUGGGACUCCGUUGUUAUCUCUGCCUGAAAGGUGUCACAGUUCCAUUCAUAUUUAUAGGGGGUGGUUGCUGGCAAAGCUUCCUUAUGCUGGCUGUAGCAUAGCAAUGCAGACUGGAAAUGGAAAUGAUUCCCGCCUGUUGAAAAUUCAUUACUUCGACCGGCUCCUUAAGAAGAACAUGACUGGCGUAGCCUUCUGCCGGAAUCCUGAUAUAUCCCCACAAGUAUCUCCUCUGGUGACCUGUGGGGAAAGGCAUGUCACUGUGAAGCUUCCUCGAGAGACAAAACUGAGAAAGGUCAGAGAGACUGAUUUUUCCACAAAUGAAGAAUACUUAGUGAGACAGCAGAUGACUGCCAAUGCAUUCUAUGUGGAAAUAUCAAGGCAACCAUACAAGGAUUCCGACUUUGAACUGGUCUAUGUAGACUCCACUGGGACACUGUGUGCCGUGCAGGCUUCUUGUCCCCCCAUUUCACCAAAUCAAGUGGCAAGGCAUCAUGUCAAGAGAUCUCUGCAGGAGCCUGAUGCAUUUGACCUGUGGGGCUUUGAAGAGAUUCCUGUUGAACCGUUUGACCCAGAGGCAAUACUGACAACAGCGCAGGUGACAACAGCGCAGGUGACAACCAGCUUAGCAACUGACACAGACACAGACACAGUCACAGUCACAGAUGGUGAAACUGAGUAUGAUGCUGGCUUCUAUGAAUUAUGGGGAGUAGAUGAAAUUCCUGAGGGGCCAUACGUUGGAAUAGAUGUAGAACUUCCAGGGGCUACUGCUUCCACAACAACUGGAAACUCCAUUGUUUCUCCUGCCACAAUUAUCACCUCUACUUUAGCCACAACCACUACAGCUGUCACAACCGCACCUGCAUCUGUUGCAGUGAUUACCACAAUCAGUACUGUUGACCCUGCUACAACGACGACAACCACAACUAGCCCGCCUGCUGCAACUACCACCACAACCACUGCUGCGCCUCUGACUACGACGACAGCCACCAUUGCAGCCACCACCACCAUUGCAGCUGGUACAACAACAACCACUGCUGCGCCUGCUGCUACAACAACCACCACUCCUGCACCUGCUGCUACAACAACCACUGCUGCACCUGCUGCUACAACAACAACCACUGCUGCGCCUGCUGCUACAACAACCACCACUCCUGCACCUGCUGCUACAACAACAACCACUGCCAGGCCUGCCACAACAACCACCACCACCACAGCUGCACCUGCUGCUACAACAACCACCACUGCUAGGCCUGCCACAACAACCACCACCACAGCUGCACCUGCUGCUACAACAACAACCACUGCUAGGCCUGCCAUAACAACAACCACCACAGCUGCACCUGCUGCUACAACAACCACCACUCCUGCACCUGCUGCUACAACAACCACUGCUGCACCUGCUGCUACAACAACAACUACUGCUGCGCCUGCUGCUACAACAACCACCACUCCUGCACCUGCUGCUACAACAACAACCACUGCCAGGCCUUCCACAACAACCACCACCACAGCUGCACCUGCUGCUACAACAACCACCACUGCUAGGCCUGCCACAACAACCACCACCACCACAGCUGCAUCUGCUGCUACAACAACAACCACUGCUAGGCCUGCCAUAACCACAACCACCACAGCUGCACCUGCUGCUACAACAACAACCACUUCUAGGCCUGCCAUAACAACAACCACCACAGCUGCACCUGCUGCUACAACAACAACCACCACUGCUAGGCCUGCCACAACAACAAAAACAACUGUUAGGCCUGCUACAACAACAAAAACAACCACUGCUAGGCCUGCCACAACAACAAAAACAACUGUUAGGCCUGCUACAACAACAAAAACAACCACUGCUAGGCCUGCCACAACAACAACCAGUCCCCCUCAGUCAACCACCAAUCCUCCUCCAUCAACAACCAGUCCCCCGCUGUCAUCAACUCGUCCCCCUCCGUCAACAACCAGUCCCACUCAGUCAACCACCAAUCCUCCUCCAUCAACAACCAGUCCCCCGCUGUCAUCAACUCGUCCCCCUCCGUCAACAACCAGUCCCCCUCAGUCAACAACCAGUCCCCCUCCGUCAACAACCAAUCCUCCUCCAUCAACAACCAGUCCCCCACUGUCAUCAACUCGUCCCCCUCCGUCAUCAACCCGUCCCCCUCCGUCAACAACCAGUCCCCCUCCGUCAACAACCAAUCCUCCUCCAUCAACAACCAGUCCCCCGCUGUCAUCAACCAGUCCCCCUCCGUCAUCAACCAGUCCCCCUCCGUCAUCAACCAGUCUAUCAACCAGUCCCCCUCCGUCAUCAACCAGUCCCCCUCUGUCAACCACCAAUCCUCCUCCAUCAACCACCAGCGCUCAGCCGUCGACCACCAGCGCUGCACCUUCAACCACAAGUGCUGUUCCUACAACUACAUCUAAUGCUGGCUCGACCACUACCAGCAGUAUCUCUACCACAACAUAGAAGUGAUUUUAUAAAACUGAAAACUGAGUGUGCACUUAAACAUAAUAAAAUAAAUCAAUAAUAAAUAUUAAGAAAUGUA